AUGUUCGUUGCUAGUCCCAUGCGGCUGCUCAACAAGCAGACACAGAAGUACAGAACAAAACUGCGGUACCGAUUUCGGCAGCCGUCUGUAGUGCCAAUACGCCAGACCGCGCAGCAGCGACACAACACGAUCCUCAGCGUUUUGCAGAAGCGUCAGAUCAAUCCUGGUAGUCACUCCGCCUACCACUACGUGGAGCAGCGGCUGUACUCCAAGUCAUCGCGCCUUGAACGUGAGGGGGUGAACCUCAACAAGACAUACGCGCUCCAGGGGCUCGGCGACACAGAACCACUGCGCAACAGCGCCAACUUUGGUGUCUCGGAGAAGGAUGCGCUCAAGUACGAGAGUUGGGAAGAGCGGGCCAAGUACGCCCCGCCGCCCAUCUCCUACACACCACUCGCCGCGCGCAAGUUGGCAGCGGGAGCACUGUGGCCGCCAGCACCGGAGCCAACAGGCAUGAUGAGCAAAGAGGUGCGUUACCUGCGUCACCAGUCAAAUAUGUCACCGAGCGCGCGCGCCUUCUGUGAACGAGUGGCGUACCACCUGCGCCGCUCCCUAAAGGCGUGCCCGGCUCACAUUGGUGAACGCAUUGACUUUGCGCAGCUCAUCAUUCAGGAGGUGGUGGGUUCACGGCGCUCCAAGGAGAUCUACAUUGUCUGGUCCACCGUCGACCCUGGCGCACGGUUUGAGAUGGAGCCGCUGCUGCAUCAGCUCAAUCAUUGGGUGCAGCGGCUUGUUAUUCAACGCGUAAAAAGUCGACCGCAUAUUCCGCAUGUGACGUGGAUUUACGAUGGUGGGCGGCUGGAACGGGAGUUGCCACGUGACGUGAAGAACGAGCUGGAAAGUCUAGUUGGUGAGGCGAACACAACGCUAGAGACACGCGUGAAAUACCUUAAGGAGCUCGACACAAUGAACCAGCGCAUGAAGAACAUACCGUGGUUCAUGCCGUACCUCUGGAACAAGGAGGAAAAGGCGGCGAAGCAGAAGGCUAUGGUGGCGGACUUGGCGGAAGUGGAAAGGCGGCGGCAGAAGCCGCAAGAGGAAGGCGGCGGGCGACGGAGUUCCCCACCAACGACGAGCCCACCGCCAAAGUUCAUUCGCUAG